AUCGAGAUCAUGUGACAGACAGACACUCAACAUCACCGAUCACAGGAACGUCAAGAGUUUCCCGUGCGCACUGAACAUUGCGCUUCUGUGAACCGUUAUUCAACUUCUGUCUGAACGGUGGCUCGGUAAAAGUGCCGGAGUGAAACCACACUGAACAGUCUGGAUCUAAAAAACGAUUGUGGGGCGAUAAAAACACCCGAAAGCUGAAGUGAGCGAGUGAGAGAGACGAAUCUCAGCGGGCAUGCGGGAGCUUUUGGAGUUAUUUGACGGCAAACAUUUCGGAAACGUUUAAGAACUGUCGGGAAGGUUUUUGUGUUUUUGCUUCAAGUUGAAACAAAAACUAAACUGUCAGCUCAUGGUUGUGGGUGGUCUGCGACGCUGUGUUUGAAAAAGUAGCAGCACCAAGGGAAGGCAAGACUUCCUUUACUGGAGUAACGUUAAAUAAAACGGGGGAAACCGAUUAAACUCCUCCGUCCUGCGUUUUUGUGGGGACAGUCGUGUAUUUUUCCGUAGCUCGUGUAUUUUUUGAAGGUGUUUCAGACAUGGUUGGGGAAAUGGAAACGAAGGAGAAGCCCAAGCCGACUCCCGAUUAUCUGAUGCAGCUCAUGAACGACAAGAAACUGAUGAGCAGCCUGCCAAACUUCUGCGGCAUCUUCAACCAUCUCGAGCGACUCUUGGAUGAAGAGAUCGGUCGGGUACGGAAGGACAUGUACAAUGACACGAUGAACGGCAGCACAGACAAAAGGACGUCUGAACUCCCGGACGCUGUGGGGCCCAUCGCACAACUCCAAGAGAAACUCUAUGUGCCCGUCAAAGAGUACCCAGACUUUAAUUUCGUGGGAAGAAUCCUGGGGCCCCGCGGCCUGACUGCCAAACAACUGGAGGCCGAGACGGGCUGCAAGAUUAUGGUGCGGGGAAAAUGCUCCAUGAGAGACAAGAAGAAGGAAGAGCAGAACAGGGGGAAACCGAACUGGGAACAUCUGAACGAAGACCUCCACGUCCUCAUCACUGUGGAAGAUUCUCAGAACCGCGCUGAGAUCAAACUCAAGAGAGCCGUGGAGGAAGUCACGAAGCUGCUGGUCCCUGCGGCGGAAGGUGAGGACAGCCUGAAGAAAAUGCAGUUGAUGGAGCUGGCCAUACUCAACGGCACAUACAGAGAUGCCAAUGUCAAGUCACAAGCAUUAGCCUUCUCCCUGGCCGCUUCCGCACAAGCUCCCCGUAUCAUCACAGGCCCCUCACCGGGCAUGCCCCACGGGGCCCUGCGUUCCCCCGCGCCCUCUGCCCCCACCCUCAUGCCCCUCAUCCGACAGAUCCAUGCCUCCGCCCUCAUGCCCACGGGCUCGCCCCACCACGCCACCCUCAUACCCCAGAACCCGGAAUCGGGCAUCAUCUAUGCACCCUACGAUUACCCCUACACCUUGGGACCUGCAACCUCCAUCCUUGAAUACCCCAUUGACUCCAGUGGUGUUUUAGGUAUGGCUUUCCCAACAAAAGGCUAAAAACGCCGAGAGGUGUAACAGUCUUCAACCUAUACGAGUGUUAAAAUGCUUUGCUUUACAGCUGCCUUGGAACAAAAACAGAGAAAAGUGCAAAUGAAAAAACUGUUCCAUUGUUUUUUAAUAAGAAACAAAAGACUAAAGAUCAUCACGGCUCAUGUUUACACUGGUCUUAACUGUUUUGUUGACAGAUCUUAAUCAGAUUUUUCAGAUAGAUACUGAUAAUUAGGCCUUUUAUUACAUUCCUCUGUUUGAAACGUAAUGUAAUCUAUAUUUGUUUAGCUUGUAAUAUGCGCGUUACUUGUUUUUCCUGUAACUGCUUUCUAGACUUAUAAAGUGAUCAGUAUUAUUGCUAAAGUUACAUACUUGUGAAAAACAUACUACAUUAAAUAACCUGUAGUGAAAUUAUUUCUGAGGCAUCUAGGUGGAAAUCAGGGCUCUAUUAUCAUGGUAUCAAUCACUUUAAGCGUUAAAAGCGACACCAGUUUUUUUUUGUAGGAUGUGAAUUUUGCCAUGACGGGGCCCUUAUGAAAAGAGAUGUUCACUAGUGCCUUGUACUUUGCUUUUACAAGCCUUGUUUAACACUUUUAGUGAUGAUUGAAGUGUAGUGUUCAUUUGUUUUGAUGAAUAAUCUGAUUGUAACUCUUGUUUUGUUGGCAAUGUUGCGCUCUGAGCAGGUGCCGUGACUACUAAAGUACGAAGGCAGGAUAUGCGCGUCCAUCCUUACCAAAGGGUAGUGACCGCAGAACGAGGUUAGUUUAGCUCCAGUGUUAAAGCUGUGCUGUGUGUGUGUCUGUGUACAGAUGUUUCAAGUAUGCUGAUCGCACUGUUCAUUGCAUAUGCCUUAAUGCAAAUAAGUAAUCUUAUAGUCAUUUAUAACCUGCCAAACAUUAAGAUGAGCUCGGCAUCAUUUGAAAGUGGUGAUGCUGUUGUCGGUAUAAUACAUUCCAGUCCAUCCGCACAAAUCUGCCAACCUGAAUGCAUUGAAACUGUGGGUGUUAUCAGCUUACUUGUAUUAUUUGAGCAUGUUCAAAAUACAAAAACGAUGCGAGGUUACAUUAAAAAAUAUCAUUGAUUAUCGUAAUAGGCUAUGACAGUUUAUGACAAAAUUCCAGAUUUAGUUUGACAUGAUAAAUCUAGCACUUAUGGUUUAAGUAUUGAAAAAAGCAUGAUUUAAGACUCCGUGGCUAGGGUAGAUAGAUAUUUGGACACUUAAGUCACAUAAAAAUGCUAAAACGUCUUUGCGUAAUAUAGAAAUCAUCUAACCAUGUGGUUAUUUAGUAUGAAAUAUAUAAUUAAGAAUGCACAAGCACAUUUUAAGUACAACAUUUAAACAUGUUAUGUUUUAAACGUCUAGAAAAUAAAUGUAUCGUUCAAAAUUAGUUCAAAAACCUGGAUUCAUAGUUUAAGUGAUCAGAAACUGAAAAAAUGUCAAAGUAUGUACUUGGAAAAGCUGUAGCAUCAUUUGUUUACAGAUGCCACUCGAUAAUUUGUUGUCUCAUGUAAUGAAACUUAUUUUGAGUUUGAUUCAAAGGGGCAGUUCACCCAAAAAUAAAAAUGGAAAGUCAUUAUUUACUCACCCUUAAGUUAUUCCAAAUCUCUUUUAAUGUCUAACACAGAUAUUUGGUAGAAUACUUGAAACCAAACAGUUCUUGGUCACAUUAAACUGGCACAGUAGGACAAUUUACAAUGGCAUUCAAAAGUGCCCCAGAACUGUUUGCUUCCUACAUUCUUCAAAAUAUCUUUCUGUUUGUUCAACAGAACAAAGAUACUUUCACAGAUUUGUAAAAACAUGAGGUUGAGUAAAUAGAGACAGAAUUUUCACUUUUGGGUGAACUGUUCCUUUAAGUGUCCAAAUACUUUCUUGAAUCUCUCUAGACCUUAAUACAGCUAGUUCAAUACAUACAAAGGUUCUACAGAACAUUUAUGGAGCGAAACUGCCCGUUCGGUGAGCUCUGUUACUCUGAUGAUGUAGUGAGAGCCUUAAGGCUCAUGGUCAAUGAAGUGUGAUGGAGCUCACCUGUUUCAUCUCUUUUUUCUUCAUUUGUCAUUUCUUCGAUAUCAUUCUCUCAGCAUAUUUUAAGGAAGUUGUUUGUUGCCUAGUAUUCUAGUAAUUCUUAAUUGCAUUUAAUCGAAACGUUUUGUCAGCCCUCAACAAAACUAAUUAAUUUGAGGAGUAACAUAAAAUUGUAGUUUUUUUAUAACAAGCAUAAAUUUAUCACGGUCGAGCCUGGUCAGACCAUCAUGAAUUAAAGUUAUGAAGGAAAUUCAAUGCCAUUUUCCUUGAUUUAUGAAACGGAUGCUUAACCAUAUUUAUUGAGAAAAUUCAGUAUUCCAUAUUUCAAUUAUAAGCUGUUUUGUUUUUCCUCAUUUUUACCCAUCGUGUGAUUUGUAAUGCAUUUUUUUCAUUAUAGUGCGUACACUGUUUGAAACCUUUUUUUUUAUUAUUUAUGCAUUUUUAUUACAGUUCUUAUUUGUAUAGAUUGACAGAUUUUUGCUUAGGAUAAACUAUGAAGUCUCUGGCCAGAAUCAUUGAGCACAUUCAUGACAAACUCUUAAAAUGCCUUGCAUGGAAAUAAACUGGAUCUAAGGGAACUACACGAUCAGCUUUUAGAGACAGCUGUAAUGAAACUGAUAUUUAAAAAAACACAUCGUCGUGCCAAAACUGUACGUUAAAUAACUAGGAAUCCUGAGAGAAACUGUAAACGUGAGAAUCUACUGAUCAAUUUAAGUCAAUUUCAUACCUGUAAGAACUUAACAUGUAAUAGUCCAAUACAACUGACCAAUUUAAUGCAUAACAAUUGUGAAAUUGCACAAUAAGUCAAAUCUAUCUUGUGAGGUUUACUGCCCACAGCCUUAGAAAGAGCUCCAGGUGUUGUUCUGUAUAUUGCAGUAUAUUAUGUCGAAGGUUGUGUGGAUGAGAAAUUCUCAUUGUACCAGGUUUGGGUAUUACAUCGCAUAAGAUAGACUAGACAGAUGAAGGUUAGAACUUUUUUGAGGAGUUAAAUCAUCAUAUGUGCUGCCUGAACAUUUACGGUGAUUUUUCAUUCAAAUAGAGCCGCUUUUGCUCAUAAAUGGCAAAAUGUGAAGGAGUGCGUAUGAUUGCUUUAAACUCCCCAUCCAAGAACUUCCUCAUGGAACAAAUAUGGCACAAAUAGUUUGCACUGAAGAUUUUAUAUCACCAGCUCUUCGUCUCGGACAGAGCUAGUGAAACGAGAAAAUACAAAACGGCAAAACCUCAGUUCAGAUGUUUAUUAAGAGCAGGACGGUCUGUUAGCACAAGAACAACAGACGAAAUAUUCCAGUUUUUUUUCUCUCUGUUGUUUUGCAGUACAUUUCUUUUUGAAUUUUGUCAUAUGUAUGGAAACAAACCAAGUUAUCGUGUGUGUGAUCUUUUUUAAAUACGUUUAUGAAAGCAAUAUGUUUAACUAUAAAGCAAGAACAUUUAUGAAAUUUUAUUGUGUUUGUAAAUGAAUAGGAAAGUUAUGCUAGUGAACAUGUAGGCGGAGAGAACAAUGCCAUGUUAUUAAAGGGGGUACGUUUUUAAGAUGUCGUACCAAUGGUGGUCUUAUAAGCUGUAGGCUAAGAGUUUAUCGGCUUGCGGAACAAGUAGAUUUGUCUUUCUAAUGGUUUUCUUGUGCUGUAGCCCUAAAUUUCAGCCAAUAUGCUUUAGAUUCAAUGUGUUUGAGUAGCAUUCUGUAUUUUUUUGUAAAUAGUCCAAUUUUAAAGGCAAUAAAGUUGAGUUUUAAAAAGUA